AUGUGCACGCACAACGCGUAUGUCUCGUGCGCCACAACAGGUAAGGCAGCGGUUGCCACCGGCGGACUCACCGUGCGCGCCGCGUUCAAGCUGAGUAUGCGCACCGACGGGGGCUUGCGCGAUGGAGACCUCAACUCCUUCCGUUCAACAUUCACCAACAUCAAGUGUGUCAUUGUUGUCGAAUGCAGCAUGAUGAGCAGCGACACUCUCGCACGUGUGGACGACCGUCUGUGGCAGAUAACUGUAAGCUACAAUGAGCCUUUCGGUGGCUUGGACUUGAUCAUGUGCGGUGACUCGCGCCAGCUUCCCCCCGUUCGCGCAAACGAGGUGUACAAACGCAGUAGGACACGGGACAACAUCUUUAACAUGCACGUCACUUGGCAUCACCUCUCCCACUUUCCACUUACGCAAGUCGUCCGCCAGAGCGACGCCAACUGUUCCACCGCCUUGUCUAAGGUCGGCGAUGGUCGUGUGCUCGAAAAGGAGGAAGUCGACAUGCUUCAGGCCCGCUUCUUCUCCAAGGACGACGCGAAGCUCCACUGCCCUCACGGCGUCAGGCUGUUCCAUUGCAACAAGGAAGAUGAGGCGUACAACACGCAGGAUGCCGCCCAGGGCGUGGACGCUAUUUACGAGGCUAAUGCAGACGAAACCAUUGUCGGCUACUGCAGUGAUGCCGACUCUAAGAGUGCGAAGCGUCGGUUACGCCACCUUACCAUUUCUGAGGUUGACAACUUGCCGCGAAGAUUUGUGCUAUGUUCAGGAAAGCCAUACAUGCUUACCCUCAACAUUGACGUGUCCAACGGCUUAGGUAAUGGAGCGGUAGGUCAACUCAAGCACGGGCAGUUGGAUGAACUGGGCCUCCCUAAACGCCUUUGGCUCCACUUUCCUUCUAAAGCACCAGGCAACAUUGCACGAGUCAAGUCGAAGACUAUUCGCGAAGUUGCAGGCCCUGUCGUGCCUGUCGACUCUGUGCCCAUCGAACUGCGCACCGCCACCAUCACUUUGGACAAAAAACGCAUGUUUCUUGCCGUCGCAAGCACUUCCCUGUAA